UGAAAAAAGAAACCUUUGAAAUGUUGUGUUUCAAUAAGUGAAUUUAGCAUUUUUGAUAGUGAAGAAUUUUCUUAUAAUUUGGUAAAUUUAUGAGAAAUGCCAUUAGCAGCAACAUAAAACUUGCUUGUGAUUUUGUCUUGGACCAGGUAUAUGAGAAAGAGUGAAGUGGUUAUCAGUAAGCGAGAUAAAAUCAAUCACGGACAAUGAACCCCGGAAACUAUGAGUCCACGAUCAUCACGACGGUCACGCAAAAGUUUCGAGAGGGCGAAUCCAUUUUGGCGAUAUUCGAAGGUUAUCAAAUAGUAGGUAAUAAACACCAGAAUCGUUUGCUGGUGAUCGCCAGCUCCAAUUAUACUUCGGCACUGUUCGCCUUUUCAAUUGCCAGUUACCCACCGGAGAGCAUUUCAGAUUUGACUAUUGCAGCAGUUUAUCCGAUCGAUGACUCAUUCUGGGUGAAUCCAGAAUCCGGUACGCCUGGUUCCAUUUCCAGCCAUCAGUUCACUAUUUUUUCACAAAAGGCACCGACGGUUUAUUUCUAUCAGGCAACUCCGGAUACAAUUGUCUCGAGGGACAAUUUCAUCAGUAAUUUGAAGCAUUUAAUUUCAAGCUAUAAGAGUGCCUCGACCCAGGCGGCCGCCACAUCUUGUCCGUUGGAUUUCAAGUGGCUGGAAAAUUAUAAACGAGCGGAUAUGCUGGCAAUUGAUAGGAACAUUGCCGACGGUAGUCAGGCUCCUAAAACACGCGACUCUAAGUUCAAAGAAGAGUUGGAUCGAAGGCGGCACGAAUAUAUUGUUUACGAACCGUACAAGAUUUAUACGGCGACGUGGAAUGUCAACGGACAAACAUCGGAGGAUAUUGAGCUACCGGAGUGGCUCUCGACGACGGAUGAUCCACCGGACAUUUACGCGGUAGGGUUUCAAGAGAUUGAAUGGACACCGGAGAAGAUUAUCAUGAAUGAAACCAAGAUAGAUCGUACGUGGGUAAAUAAAGUAAUGAUGGGCUUACACAAGGGUGCUGCCUAUGAAGAGCUCGCAUCGGUUCGCUUGGUGGGUAUGAUGUUGACGGUGGCAGUUAAAAAAUCACUGCGGGAUCAAAUUUCCGAUUGCCUAACAGCUGCUGUCGGAACGGGGACUUUGAAAUGGGGAAACAAAGGAGGAGUCGGUGUAAGUUUCCAAUUGAACGAGGCUUUGCUAUGCUUCGUUAACUCUCAUUUGGCUGCUCACACUCAGGAGGUAGACCGUCGGAAUGAGGACCAUGACGAGAUUAUAAGAAGGAUGUCGUUCGAAAAAACUUUCCGGGGUCGUGCGAUCGAUGAGCACCAUCACAUUUUUUGGAUUGGAGACUUAAACUAUCGACUAAACUCAGACAUCACACAGGAAUUUGUAAACUGUAAGGAUCGCGACUAUAAUCAACUUUAUGCGUAUGAUCAACUGUAUGUGGAGAAGGGAAAGAAACGAAUUUUUCGAGAGUACAAGGAGGGAAAAAUACUAUUUGGACCAACUUAUAAAUAUAAUCCCGGCACAGAUGAUUGGGAUAGUAGUGAAAAGAGUCGCUGUCCGGCCUGGUGCGAUAGGAUUCUGUGGAAGGGACUCCGGACAGAGCUGCUGAAGUAUGACAGUGUAAUGCAGCUGCGGAGGAGUGAUCACAAGCCUGUUUUUGCCGUAUUCAAUGUGGAGGUUGAGACGAAAGAUGAUCAAAAGUUCAAAAAAGUACAUGAAGAAGUUCUGAAAACAGUCGAUAAAUAUGAAAAUGAUAACCAACCGCAGAUAACAGUCGAGCAAACCGAUCUUGACUUCGGUCUGAUCCGAUUUAACGAGAAAUAUUCCCGUGAACUGCUCGUUGCAAAUAACUGCCACCUACCGGUGCGGUUUCGAUUUGCCGCCAAAGACGACCGAAGCAGUUACGUGUGCGAAGAUUUUAUCCACAUAAGCCACAAAGCAGGAGAACUAAUCACCGGCAACAGCCUAAGCAUACGAAUUGAUAUUUUUGUGGAUGCGAAAGCAGCUUCACAUAUGCUUCAUAAGCUGAAGGAUGCCAAAGCAGGCGUCAAAAUUCCACUCGACAUAUUGGUGCUACAUGUGGAGAAUGGACGAGACAUUUUCAUUACCAUUUUCGGGGAGUACAAGCAGAGCUGCUUCGGCGUUUCGCUGGAAACGUUGAUGAAGCUGAACAAACCGAUCUUUGAGUACGAUAUCAAUGAGCUGGUUGCCCUGGAAAAGGAAGAAAAAUUGAUCGAUCUGACGGGCGAGGAAGAGUUGAAGAUUCCGAGGGAAAUUUGGCGAUUAACAGACUAUUUGUACAAAAAUGGAAUGGAUAAUCCGCAGCUGUUUACGCUUAAUCGAACUCAUUCAAAGCACGAAAAUAUUUUGGAAAUUCGAGAUUGGUUGGAUAGCUGGUCAUCGGAACCGUUUCCUGGUAUUCCAAAAACAGCAGCAGAAGCACUUCUUAUUCUUCUAGAAUCUCUUCCAGAACCGGUGGUUACCAUAAGCGAGCGGGAGUGCAUGGUUAAUGCAGACAAUUAUGAGCGCUGUCGGGAGCUAAUUCGAACGAAGCUGAAACCCGUUCACCGGCUGGUGUUUCUGUACAUUUGCAUGUUUCUCAUUGAGCUGCGGCGACAAAAUCCCUCUAUUAGGCUGGAAAUCUUAGCAACUAUUUUCGGUCGAAUAUUGAUUCGUAGUCAGACACCGUUGGUACGGACACCGACAGGGAACGAUGUGUAUGCGUAUACCGAGGGCGAACGUGACCAACGGCGACGAUUCAUGAUGACGUUUUUGACCAGCAAAAUACAGGAAUUUGCCCGAGCAGAGAUCGACAGUAAUGGAGUUUAGACGUCUAUUUGAUCGCUUUCAUAAAGAAGAUAAUCUGCAGAGGCAAACAGCACGGUUUGCGUUUGAAAAACGUAGAUUUAGUUAAUUAAGCAAUAGCGGACCAAACUGUGAAAAGGCUCGUCUCGUAUACUGCCCAUUAAAGCAUAAGAGUCCCAUAUUGAAAAACAGCAAGUCGAGAAAAAAUACUAUUGAAGAUUUACACGCAGAAAAAAAUAGUAAAAAUAAACAAAUUUUAGUUUUAAAUAACGAGUUUCCCGUUUGAUAUAGUGAGAAACAAGAUUCAGGUUUGACUCAAUCAAUGCUGUUGCUUGAAAUUACGAACAAAUUAAUUUGUUGGCUUUUCAAUAGUUUCAACAAAUAUUUCGAUUGAAACAACAAAAUUAUGAUAAGUUUAACCGAACAAACAAGUUCGAAGAAACGAAAACAAAUCUAUUGUACUAACCAAAGUAGAGAACAACUCAAAUUUACUUGAAAUUAAACAAACAUUCUGCUGGUUUUUAACAAAUGGAUCAGUUAGAUCUGACAAAUUUUAUUUUGAUUCAACAAUGUUUCUAUGUAAACAGAAGUAUUUGUUGAACUAAACCAAAUAUAUGCUUUCGAAAAACGCCCAUUUCAGUCUGAAACAAUCAUUUGUCACGUUUUAGAUUCAACUAAACGUUUUGUUAAUUCAAAAAUGCCUGGUUCUUCUGCGUGUACAUUCUCAUUGAGCCUUAUGGAUGGGACAACCAUGUUUUGGUAUUUUUUUCUCGAUAUUUUCUAAACAAACCUGGUAAUCUUAUUUGUGCAUUGUGAUUCAGUAGUGAUACAUAAUACAAUCCAACAUAUAACCUAUUUUCGACAAAAAGCCAUAUGGGACUCUUAUGCUUUUAUGGGCAGGUCCUAUUAAAUUAUUUGUUUUCAACACGAUUUUCUCUGCAACUGAUAUUUUUCAUCGCACUCAGUUUGGUUAUAACUUGUACCAUAGAUCUGAUCAGUCCACCGAAAUAAAUCAUACAUUGAACUUUUUCACUAAAAAAACAAGAAACCCCCGUUGAAAACUAAAAUUUAUGGACAUAUGAUGAUGUGAACUUUUCAAAUGUUCAUCCAGAAUAGUGGAAUUUUUGCAAAAGGGUCACAUCAUGAACAAACUUCUAGAUGUAAAUAAUUAUAACUAGAAUAAAUGCCGAAAUGUAGGCCUAAAA